AUGAUUCUUCACCGUUUGUUGUAUGGUAUGGUCUUGUUUUUGACCAUUAUCUCUUUAUGUGUGGCGGCUGAUGAAACUGACCUGUCUUUAACUGAAGAUGGUGAUAAUGCUUGCUCUCCUGAAGAUAAUAAACCUGAAAAGUGUGCUCAAACUCCUAAAGGUGAGCCUGGUCCUCCUGGUCCUGCUGGUCCUGUUGGUCCUGAUGGAAAAGGUGAACAGAGUACUGCUGGACUUUCUGGUGGGAAAGCCACAGACCAAGAACCUCUUGUUGUAGAAAAUGGUAAGGCAAGUCGAGAAAAUGCCGCUCAUGGUUCCGGUAUACGUGCUGAAUCUCCACUACAACCUUCUGUUCCUCUACCAACGUCAGCUUCAACUGGGACUUUGGUUACUCCUGGAUCUGCAGUUCCUGGUAGUCAUGGUGCUACUGGACCAGGUAAAGAAUCUGCUGAGGGUGACUCAGUUGAAGAUCAACAUGGACCAGAUGCCAUUGGUGCUUCUGGUGAAGAUGGAACUGGUGGUCAACCCGCAGCUUCUGCUACUGCGCCUACAGUUAACAGCCAACCUGGAAACAACGACAACAGUGAAUCCACUGAAAGUACAGAUAACAAGGGUGAGGCCGUGACACAAUCAGCAUCUUCUUCCAGCAGUACAGAUUCAAAACCCGAUGGAAAAUCUGAAACUACAACGACUGGGAAUGAGACUACACCUACAGAGAGUGAAUCAUUAAACAACCAAAAUGAAGGAGGAAAUACAAUAACCACCACCACCACCACUACCACAACAACAACAACAUUUCCUCCUGAACUCACAAACAACAAGAAGGGUGAUGCAGACAGCAGCAGCAGUAUCAUCAGUUCUGUGUGGGUGCGUGUACCACUACUGAUUGUGGUU